CGGGUGCUCUUUUAGCCAAGUGACCGUGAGGAUGUUAUAGUGUGUAUGCUAAGCUAAAGAUACGAUAUUAUGUCACUUACAGGGUUUUUACGGUUUCUAAGACAUUCUUUACAGUAUCUGGAGUCCAGUUUAAUACAGACUGCAGGGUUUGACAGGAAUUUAGGUCCUGCUCUGGCACUGCAUGGACCCAGCCUUCUUCCUCAACCUCAGCACAUAAGAGAUGAUGACAGCCCUGAGCCCAGUUUCCUGGACAGCAUUUUCUGGAUGGCAGCACCCAAGAAGAGACGGACCAUCGAGGUGAACCGCUGCAGAAGAAGGAACCCAAAUAAACUCAUUGAAGUCAAGGCGAACAUCGAGCCGUGUCCAGAGUGCGGGAACCUUAAACAGAAGCAUGUUCUCUGUGGGUUCUGCUAUGAGAAGGUCCAAAAGGAAACAUCCAGAAUUCGAAAGCAGAUUGAAAUCAUGGAAGGCCGACCUCACAACGCCCCUACUGUGGAGACUGUGGUUCUGUAUGACAAUGAAGCUCCUCGAGAUGUAGACAAGGAGAAGAGAAUAGUGGAGCGAAGCAGAAAACGCCCCUCUUGGUUUCACCCGUAACUUAAUCUGACAUUUUUUUGUAUAUUAUCCUCAAUAUUAAAGUAUUAAAUCUAUUUGA